UAAUAGAUAUUGAUGAUCAUGUUGUACCAAAUCGACUUGAACAAACAUGGGCUUUAAGUAAACAGAUAUAUAACGCAUUUCAAAAUCCAGAUCCCAACAGUCAUUCUCUUUUUGAUUACACAACCCAAAAUACUAUGAAAGGAUUCUUCAAUAUGGAAACUUGUUAUCAACAUAGAAUAGAAUAUAUGCAAAACCUUCUUGCGGAAGAACAACAAAAGAAGAAACGAAAAAAUACUCAAAAUGAAGAUGAUAUUCAAAGUGAAGAUAAUGCUCAAAAUGAUAAUGAUACUCAAAAUGAAGACGAAUAA